AUGAAAGAUCAGAGAAGGGCCAGUUGAUCUGGGCUUUGUCCAGGGGUCUCUGGGUUUAAAGCUCUCUACAACCACUUGAGCUCAUUUUCCCUGCGACUGGAGCUGGGUACAACUUGUUUCUCUGCCCAAGCUCUUUAGAAAUCUAAAACUUGACUCCUUGGGAAUUCCUUCAGAGAUUCCACCAGAGAUACAACCUCUCCUUUAGCAAAAAUGGAAGCCAUCAAGAAAAAGAUGCAGAUGCUGAAGUUAGACAAGGAGAAUGCCAUUGACAGAGCGGAGCAGGCUGAAACGGAUAAGAAGGCAGCAGAGGACAAAUGCAAGCAGGUGGAGGAUGAGCUGGUAGCUCUGCAGAAGAAGUUGAAAGGAACUGAAGAUGAGCUGGAUAAGUACUCGGAGGCUCUCAAGGAUGCCCAGGAGAAGCUAGAGCAGGCUGAGAAGAAGGCCACUGAUGCUGAAGGUGAGGUGGCAGCUCUCAACAGACGGAUCCAGCUAGUGGAAGAGGAACUGGAUCGUGCCCAAGAACGGCUGGCCACAGCCUUGCAGAAGCUGGAGGAGGCUGAGAAGGCAGCAGAUGAGAGCGAGAGAGGCAUGAAGGUUAUUGAGAACAGAGCAAUGAAAGAUGAGGAGAAAAUGGAAAUUCAGGAGAUGCAGCUGAAGGAGGCUAAGCACAUCGCCGAGGAAGCCGACCGCAAAUACGAGGAGGUUGCUCGCAAACUGGUUAUUUUGGAGGGGGAGCUGGAAAGAGCUGAGGAGCGUGCAGAGGUGUCUGAAGUUAAAUGCAGUGACCUUGAGGAGGAGUUAAAGAACGUCACCAACAACCUGAAGUCUUUGGAAGCUCAAUCUGAAAAGUACUCGGAAAAAGAAGAUAAAUACGAAGAAGAAAUCAAGAUUCUCUCUGACAAGCUUAAAGAAGCUGAAACUCGUGCUGAGUUUGCAGAGAGAACAGUUGCCAAACUGGAGAAGUCUAUUGACGACCUGGAAGAAAAACUCGCUCAAGCCAAAGAGGAGAACUUGGGGUUGCAUCAGACACUGGACCAGACACUAAAUGAACUCAACUGUAUAUGACACAGCGGAGAACUCCAGCGGCCAAGGGACCCUUCUCUCUGCAUUUACUUAUCGCUCUUCUCUCCUCUCUCUCUCUCUGUCUCUCCCUGUCUCUCCUGGAUAAACCAAUAAGUUAUGAACAGUCAGACACCCACAGAGCCCCUCCAGGGGUCGACAGCACAGCUGUGGCUUGUCGUGGCGGUUCAUUAGUCCUGUUUAUGUACCUGGUAGCAGCUGUACCCCUGCUGUAGUGUCACCUGCCGCCGCCAGCCUCUGACUGACGUUUUAUAUUAAACAGUUUCACACA